CUCCUUCUCCCUCUCUCUCUCUCUCUCUCUCUAGGGCUCUAGGGUUAGGGUUUCGUCGCGGCUGCUUCGUGUUUCGCCGCCACCGCCCGGUUCCGCGAUUCUUUCUGGUGUGAGGCUAUGGCGAUCGUGAGGAGCAGCGGUGCCAGGGUCCCCAGGCUUGAUGGUGACGCCUCGCCGGAGGCAACGGAGGAUGAGGAUGAGGAUGGGGAGGAGGAGGAGUCGCCAGCGACGCCGUCCCAGGAGUCCGAGGCAGGCGAUUUCUUGGGCGGUGAGGAGAACGGUGACGUUGUAGGGCUGGGGGAGGACGAGGACGAGGUUGAUGAGGAAGAGGAGAAGGAGGAGGAGGAGGAGGAGGAGGACUCAGGGAUGGGGUCCGACGAGCUGGAGAUCACGGAGCUCGGUGAGGCGGGGUCGGAGAUGUGCCAGGUUGGGGACCAGAGCUUCGCCAUGCCGCUUGACCUCUAUGACCUUGCUGACUUGGCCGAAGUACUUUCGCUCGAUGCGUGGAACACCCUGCUGUCUGAGGAGGAGCGGCAACGCCUUGCCGCUUUGCUGCCUGACAUGGACCAGGAGACAUUUGCGCGCACGCUUGUCGAGCUCCUUAGGGGAGACAACUUUCACUUCGGGAGUCCCCUGGCUGCCCUCUCCGACAGGCUGAAAGGAGGCCUAUGUGACCCAAGGAUUGUCCUGUAUCGCCGUGGUACCUGCUUUGCAGAGCGACGGAAGCAUUACUACAGGCUACAAAGCUACCACAAUUCGAUGGUGCGGGGUCUCUGGGAGAUAAAGGACUGCUGGAAGGGCUGCCAGGGGUAUAGCCGUAAUGAUAGGCUGAGGGCGCUGGAUGCAAUGAAGGCACAACAGAAGCAGAAAGCACUUCCUGGCUUGGAUGGCCGGGCUGGAUCAGAGACUGACUCGGAGAACAGGGAGUAUGGGGAGCCAUUAUUGAUGCGGCUGAAACCUGAUAGGACAGGAUUGAAGAAAUCUGGGAAGCUAGGGAAGGAGCGAUCUAAGGGGCUGUUGCGUGUGGGCGUUCCAAAAGGUUCAGGUGAGGAGCACAUUGGAGGGGCUGGCCGCGAUGCUGCAGUGGCACUCUCUGAGCUUUCUCGCCGAGAUAACACUUAUGGCUAUGAUUUGGGAGUCAUGCACAGAGGAAAGCUUCGCAGGAGUCUGGAAGGCCUUGAUUCAGAGGAGCUGGGAGAUGACAGGGAUCUGCGACUGAUUCGUUCUCAGAGGCCAAUGCCGAAGCUAGGGAAGGACUUGGCUGCAAGCUAUGAUGGAAGUUCGUAUGGAAACAGCUACCAUGAGAACCAAAAUGGUUCUUCUUACUACUAUGGCAGGAAUGCCGCUGCUAACCAGGUAGUUACUGUGGCAACAGCGUAUGAUCGUCCAUAUUUUGAUACAGCAAGGAACACAAAGUACUCUGAGAGAGAUUGGGUGUAUGGUGGCCAAAAUAUGUUGAGUAAAGCUCUGAAAGGGGAUGAGAUGGACUGGCCAGCUGGUAGCCAUGCCGGUAGCAUGAAUGAUUGGCAGAGAGGGCAGUCUGCAGGCGAUUAUAGGAGCAGAAAAGCUCAGACUGGUCAUGGUUUGAAGGUUAAGUCCUAUAAAAGCAUUGAGCGACAGAUCAAUGAUGCAAAUUUUGGGUCUGAUCAUAGAGGCAAGAUGCCACAGGGGAGGAUCAAAGGUAAACCCAGUAGUCAGUAUGACAGAAUUGGCCAGAAGUACUCCAGGAGCAGUGCUGUCUACACUCAGAGUGAGGAGACAGAAUCUGAUUCAUCGGAACAAUUCGAAGGUGGAGGGGACAUAGAUCUUCUAAAAAAACAGCCAGAACACCAUUCUGGGUCUCAUAGACAAGCCUAUGGUGCCAAAAAAUUGAACAAGCUUCCUAAAGCUUCCAAAUUAAAUUAUCCUACCACCACUGAAGAUGUUGAACCCUAUCAGAGUAAAGGGACACACAGAGGAAAGGCUAAAGAAUCUGAUUAUUUACGUGAUGUGCAUGUGACAGCGACAGAACAGAUUAGUGAAUUGAUGAAGCCUCCAGCAGCAAGGGGUGAAAGAAAGCGGAAAGUGAUGGCCAGUGUGGACACACAUGAUUAUGGAAACUCUGAAUUACGUGACAGCAAUGAGAAUGCUGAUGAAUCACUCAGGUCACCAGAGAAUGAUGAGAGGCUAACUAGUGGUUCUGGCUAUGUAGAUUCUAAUGGUGAUAUUGAAAAAAAGAAGAUGCCAGUGUCAAGUUGCAGCUCCGGAUCCAAAAAGCAGAAAGUAAAGGUUGAAGCUGCUAGCCUGGCUGAGCAUGGUGAGGACGUGCCAUCUGCUCCAAAGUUGGUGGAGAACAGCGGUGGCUCAAAGAAGAAAGGUAAAAAGAAGGCAGAGGCUGUUACAAAGAAGCCAGAGGCUGUCACAAACAACCCAGAGGUUGUUACAGAUGUGGUUUCUGUAGCUGAACCAGCUCCUGUUCCAGAAGUAAAUGAGGUAGUGGUAGAACCUGAGAAACCAAAGAAAAAAUAUGUACCAAUCACACCAACCAUCCACACUGGUUUUUCAUUCUCUAUUGUGCAUCUUCUAACUGCUGUAAGGAAGGCUAUGGCCACCCCUGCUGGGGAUACUCCACUGUCAACCAAGCAACCUGAUGGGGAGGAGAGCAGAAAAUGGUUCAACAACGAAGAUCAUACCAAAAUGCCUCAAGAUCCAAGUGCAACAGAGCAAGCCCAACAGGGUCAUGAGGCUGCAGAUGCCAGUGGUCCAGAGAAAGCCCAACAGGGUCUCGAGGCUGAAGAUGCCAGUGCCGCAGAGCAGACAGCGCCGAACAAUUUGCCAGCGCUCACUGUUCAAGAGGUUGUCAAUCGGAUUAGAUCAAAUCCUGGAGACCCUAACAUACUUGAAACGCAAGAGCCUCUUCAGGAUUUAGUUCGAGGUGUAUUAAAGAUACUCUCAUCUAGAACUGCUCCACUAGGUGCAAAGGGAUGGAAAACACUUGUUUCCUAUGACAAGUCAAACAAAAGCUGGCUUUGGGUUGGCCCACUGCCUUCUGGUUCUUCAGAUGGUGAUCCUAAUGAAGAAACUUCUCCUGAUGCAUGGGGUGUACCACACAAAAUGCUUGUGAAGUUGGUUGAUGCAUUUGCUAACUGGCUGAAAAGCGGUCAGGAAACCCUUAAGCAGAUAGGAUCCCUUCCACCACCUCCGGCACCAGAUCCUGCAAACUUGGAUUUGAAGGAAAGAUUCAAGGACCUUAGAGCCCAGAAAAGUCUAAAUACAAUUAGUCCAAGCUCGGAGGAAGCAAAAGCAUACUUCCAGCGUGAAGAAUUUUUGAGAUACUCAAUUCCUGAUAGAGCAUUUUGCUAUACUGCUGCUGAUGGGGAGAAAUCGAUAGUUGCUCCCUUGAGAAGGGGAGGUGGCAAGCCCACAGCAAAAGCUAGGGGACACCCCAUGCUCUUACCUGAUCGCCCGCCUCAUGUUACUAUUCUGUGCCUUGUAAGAGAUGCUGCUGCCAGGUUGCCUGCAAGAACCGGAACAAGAGCUGAUGUGUGCACACUUCUCAAAGAUUCACAAUAUCUAAACCAUGAUGAAUCUAAUAAAGAGGCUGCUAUUAACCAAGUUGUCAGUGGCGCUCUUGAUCGCUUGCACUAUGAGCGCGAUCCUUGUGUACUGUAUGACAAUGACAAAAAGUUGUGGACCUAUCUGCACAGGGGUAGAGAUGAGGAAGAUUUUGAGGAUGAUGGUACAUCAUCUACCAAAAAAUGGAAGAGACCAAGGAAAGAUUCAGAUCCUGCUGAGGCUGGGAACGAUGAUUUAGAGGAUGAUGGUACCCCUUCUGCAAGUGAUGCGAAAAAGCAAAAGACAGAUUCUACAGCAUCGGGAGAAGAUAAGGAUAGCGAGGAUCCUGCAACUCAGGACCCUUCUGGUGGUGAUUUGGAAGGCGACCCUGACCCUGAUCAUUAGCUAAGGGUAUAAAGCAGCAACCAGCGAUCAGCAUUCAUGUUGCUGCAUAUUAAUCUUAUGUAUUUACACUUGCCAGUGUAUCAGGCCUCACUGCCGACAAAAAUGUUUUGUAGUUGAAAUAGUUCCUUCAGGCCGUGUCUGUACAUUCAUCUCAUGAAACAAGCUUUCAUAGUUUCUUUUUUUCUCUAGUGGCAUGUAGAUGUGUUUUGAUUUUAAUCAAAAUGCUUGAGCA